AUGAAGGGACGCCCGGUCGACCAACUCGUUUACGAGUUCAUGUUCCCGAAACCCCGAAGCAGCGAUCCCCAGAACUUCCAUACUCUCCUUCACCGUAACCUCAUCCCUGAGGUCCGCCAGGAAGUUCAUUCUUUCUAUGGCCAUCUCGACACUCAAGAAGCCAAGUACCCAGGUUUAGAUUACACGCAUCGUGUCCACCGUAUACGACUUGGCCGCUGGCAGUGGCAUCGUCGUCUAUUUCGGGCUUUCGACGCCCUGCGCCUGACCGAUUCCGAAAUCGCCAACCUCACGAAGUGGGAAGGUACAAAAUGGGCUAAGGAACGUUUCGAACGUGAUUCCGGAGUCACCAUUCACGAUACUGCGUUUGACGACAUUCCGAAGUGGGUCGAGCCAGAAGAUAGGCCACAAACAGCACGCGCGACUCAAACCGAAACCUUACCACAGGCAACAACGACAUCAGACGAAUGCAUGGAUGGCGAGCAGGAAGAAGGAGAAGGAGAAGAAAAUAAUAAUGAGGACGACGACGACGACGACGAGAGCGAUGGUGAGCUGACAAGCGUCGGAGUGCCUCUGAAUGAACAACUCCGCGAAAGAGCAGCGCGUCAUGAAGCCGGCGAUACCUCGUUACCCCUGGAUGAGGACUGGGAGCAGUGGCUGAAAAAUGCAAUCGAGGCCGGUGAAUUUCCCUUCCUCACAGAGCAGAUCAUACGGGAUUCCAACAUAGCUCUCAUUCCGCAGGCACUCUUCCCGGCGGGUAUGCUGAGUGCGGCACGAGCUGGCCGCUGGCAGGAGAUCCCGGACUUCCUCCAUUCAAUUCUCCGAUACGCCUUGGACGACGAGGCAUCCGGUCGAGACAACUCUUCGGCCCGGAUCGAGCGUUCUAUGGCACUUUCCUUUGAGCGCGGCAUCACCGGCGGUAGGAGGUCCUUGCGCCGAAAUUUCUCAGAUUUACGGCUUCCGACCAGCGAAACCAGUACCGCCACUCCAGAAGUUCGUCUGCAGCGAACAGCUCAGUCGGGGACCCAGACCUACAUCACUCUUCCUUAA